AUGAGCGAGCACGCGGGAAGAGAACGCAAAUCUGUCAAGUUGGUCAUCGUGGGUGCCGGCAAUCGUGGAACCAACUACGCCAACUACGCCCUCGAACAUGCUGACUUGUGCCAGGUGGUGGCCGUGGCCGAGCCGCGCGAGCCCAGGCGCAAGGAGAUGGCGGCGUGCCACGGCGUGCCCGACGAGAUGACCUUCCACAGCUGGGAGCAGCUCAAGGUCCUCCCCAAGCUGGGCGACGCCGUCGUGAUCGCUACGCUGGACUCGAUGCACAAGGAGCCAGCCAUCUUCUUCGCUCAACAAGGCUACCACAUUCUUCUAGAGAAGCCGAUGGCACCGAACGAGGAGGACUGCCGCGAGAUUGUGGAGGCGGUGAAGAAGGCGGGCGUCAUCAUGGCCAUCGGGCACGUCAUGCGCUACACCCCGUACUCCCGCAAGAUCAAGCAGAUCGUCGACAGCGGGGCGCUGGGCGAACUCAUCUCGGUCCAGCACCUGGAGCCCGUGGGCUGGUUCCACUUUGCCCAUUCCUACGUGCGAGGCAACUGGAGGCGGGAGGACGAGACGUCUUCGUCCCUCCUGGCCAAGAGCUGCCACGACAUCGACUGGAUACGCUGGAUCGUCGGCAAGAAGUGCGUCAGCACCUCGUCCUUCGGCACGCUGAACCACUUCCGGAAGGAGAAGAAGCCCGAGGGCGCGGGGACGCGCUGCCUGGACUGUCGCGUGGAGCGGGAGUGUCCCUACUCGGCCAAGAAGAUCUACCUGGAGCGGAUCGAGGGCGGCCACACGAAGUGGCCCGUGAGCGUGAUCGUCGACGACCACCCGACCGUCGCCAACGUCCGCGAGGCCCUCGAGACCGGACCCUACGGCCGCUGCGUCUACGAAUGCGACAACGACGUCAUGGACAACCAGGUGGUCAACAUGUUGUUUGAGGAGGGCAAGACCGCUUCGUUCUCCAUGAUCGCCUUCACCAAGGAGCUGGAGGGCGACGGGCACCGCGUCACGACGUUCGACUUCAACUCGCUGCAGACCGCCAGCUGCUGCCCGACCGAGGAGGACGCCAAGCCCGACACCAAGCUCACGGGGCACGAUUUCGGCGACUACUACCUGAUGAAGGACUUCGUGGACGCCGUCGGCUUCAACGACCCUUCAUUCAUCUCCUCCACGCCUGAAGAGACGUUGGAAUCGCAUGUGAUGGUGUUCAGGGCAGAGAAGGCGCGAAAGGACAAUGUGGUGGCCUCUCUUGAUUGGUGA